AUGGCGCAACCCGAUCCUAGCCACAGCGUCCCUCAGGACCUGAUCUCCCAUGUCCACCUCAUCUCCUCGUUCCGAUACCCGACGAUGCCUCGCAUCGACACCAACGAGGUCGCAAAGUGGCUCAUGAACGCCCCCCAGGUCGCGCGCGACCGGGCGCCUUUCUUCUGGACAUAUCUCGACAAGCCCGCCGACGGCACGAUCCUCCUGACGUGGCAGCCCCUCCAGAGACUGGGCACAAACUUUGCGACGGAUGGCUUCGUCUGGGCGCCACCCGAGCAGGUCUAUAAGCACGACCUGGGUAAUGGGCUGAUGCUGGAAAUCUACUACCUCAAGGCCGGCUACAUUCCGGGCGAGCAGUUUGCCAUGCACGCGCGACGACGAUUCCGACUGGUGCCCGUACCUGGCCACCCGAAUCCUCCGCAGCCGGACAUGAGCCUCUUCAUCGUGCACUAUGGCCCGUCCGAACCCAACGAUCGGAUCCCCGCGCAGAUGGUGCCGUAUGACGAGCGCGUCAACGCCAUCAUGCAGCAGCGCCACUACCUGCUGCGUGCUGGCCAGAUCCGCCGCAAGGAGUUUAUGCUGUCGGAUCGGGUUAACUGGCCGUCGCUUCCAGAGCUCACCCGGCAGCAGAUGGGCCCUCAGAUGGUCCCGCGGGGUGUCCCUCAGCAGAUGGCGUACCCUACCCAGCCCACGCCCGGUCCUCCCGCCAAGAGAGCCAGGCACGCGCAAAACCAAGGACAACAGCCGGCCGUGGCGGGCGUUCCUGGCAUGCCCGCCGUAGAUCCCGCUUUUGACGACGACGAGGACAUCACGAGGGGCGACAUGUUUGAUCACUUGACGCAGCGCGAGAUCUCGCUCAGCCGAUACAAGCAGAACCACGAGUGGAUGGAGGAGAUCCUGUCGUCGGCAUACAGGAUGAACCAGAUUACUCCCACGGACCUCGGUCUCGGUCUCAAGGGCGAGUUGGCUUCGCUGACCGAGGGCAUCUUUACGGCGCAGGGAGGCGAGGCCAUUGCGGUCGAGAAGCCUUAUGUUGGACGUCUGGACAGCGGAUUGGCCGAUGAGUUCCGCAAACGGGUCAACAACCACAUCGAGUCGACGCAAGCCGAGAUCAAGAAGAUGCAGGAAGCGCAUGCCGACGCCAUGGCCAAGCUCAAGGAGAGCUCCUUGUUCGUGACUAAGGAGACGGAGCUCAGAGCCCUCGACGACGAUGUCACUGGAUUCGGUCAGAAUGACAGCCACACGGAUGGCGCGGCCAAAGGCGACGGAAAGCCGCGGCACCCUCCCAAGAAGACGGUGGAUGAGGUGAUCGAGGAGCUUGAGCAGGCUGUCGGGCGAAAGAUUGAGAGUCACCCGGCGGUCAAGCGCGUUCAGGAGGGAGGGUACCAAGCUCCAGCACCCGAACCGCAAGCGCCACCUGCAGAGGAUGCGCAGAUGUCGCGGCAGCCCUCGCAAGCCGGUUCGCAGGCCAGCGGGUUGAUGCUCGGCGGCGAGUCUGACAUCGACAUGGGCGGCACGGCGGCUGGCCUGCUGGACCAGAUGCACACGGGCUUCUCGUCCAUGUCCACGCCAGUCAACAACUUUCCCACUCCCCAGGCACAAAUGUCGGCUGCCCAGUCCAACGCGCCGACGCCAUCCAACGCCAACAAUGCUCCAUCACCGGCCCCGGCGCAAAGCUCGGCGGCACCGGAGGCCCAGGACAGCGCAGCGGCACCCCCGCAGCCGAAUGCCGACGUGGACAUGGGCGGAACAGAGUCUCCUGCCAAGGCAGCGGAGCCAGCUGCAACCACGGCUCCUGACCAGGGCACCGGCAGUGGCGACUGGGUCAUGGUGCCCAAGGGCGGCGCGACACCCGAGGCGACGAGCGCUGGCCAAGAGGCGCCAGCGACUACGGCGGCAGCUGAGGAGGAGGCACCAAAGCCCGACGCGGCCGCGCAAGCCGCUGCGAAGCCCCCGUCGGCGGCCGCGACGCCCGCUGUCACGGACGGCGGCUCGGCGACGUUUGACCAGAACGAUUUCAGCUCCCUCGGCGAUCUGGACACGGCGGGCGAUGCCCUAGCGGGCUACGACGCGCCGGAUCUGGACGGCUCCGCGGGCGAGCUUGGUGAUGGCCUGGAUCUGCAGAUGGACAUGGAGGACUCUGCCUUUGGCGACGCGUUCCACGGCGUGGACGCCUCCAACACGCCGGGUGGCGAGGGACAGGGACAAGAUAUGUAG